CAUAGUCAAUCAUUCGAAUACACGGUUAGUAGUCGGAGAGUGCUCUAGCGAGAGCUUCGAAAGUGUUUUGCGUUUUCAGUUCAGUUCUGUUUUCCGAACCGGCCUCCGGUUUUGUCCAGCAUUUCUCGACACUCGGCCAGCAGCCUCAGCAGCAGCAGCACAAGUUUCUGUUUCAAUCCCGUUAGUACCGUCACCCGGGGGAGUGAUCGCCUCGAGUCUGUGCCAGAAGUCGUCGAAGUUGAAGUGCAAAUAUACGAAGUACUCCGAGUACUCCCCGAUCGAGUGGUUCCAGUUUCCUCAGUCCAGUGUGCUUCAGACCCAGAGAGCCAAAAUGCCUUUCAAGCCAGCUGAGAACCCCAAGUGCCCCAAGUGCGGCAAGUCGGUGUACGCCGCCGAGGAGCGUGUCGCCGGUGGACACAAAUUCCACAAGGGCUGCUUCAAAUGCGGAAUGUGCGGCAAGAUGCUUGACUCCACAAACUGCGCGGAGCACGAAAGCGAGCUGUACUGCAAGAACUGCCACGGACGCAAGUACGGACCGAAGGGAUACGGCUUCGGUGGAGGCGCCGGGUGCCUCUCGAUGGACACUGGCUCCCAGUUUCAGUCGACCGACGGCACGAACGGACACACUGAGCCGAAACCCUUUGCCAAGGCACCUGAAGGAGAGGGUUGCCCUCGCUGCGGCGGAUAUGUUUACAUGGCCGAGCAAAUGUUGGCACGUGGAAGAGCCUACCACAAGGGAUGCUUCAAAUGCGGUGAGUGUAAGAAGGGUCUCGAUUCUGUAAACUGCUGCGAGGGCCCGGAUCGUAACAUCUACUGCAAAGUGUGCUACGGCAAGAAGUUCGGUCCGAAGGGCUACGGCUACGGAAAGGGCGGUGGCGCCCUGCAGAGCGACAGCUGCUACGCCAGUCGCUUCGGGUCCCGUGGCUACGGUCACUCGGGAAUCUCGUCGCUUGGCUUAAUGAGUGAUGCGCGAGAUUUGGACUACAAGAGUGAGUUCGCCGCCAGACCAUCGACGGCGGAUACCUCGGCGAUUAAGGCGUCGCCGGGUCAGGGAUGUCCGCGGUGCGGUGGUGUCGUUUUCGCGGCCGAGCAGGUCCUGUCGAAGGGUCGCGAGUGGCACCGCAAGUGCUACAAGUGCCGCGACUGUACCAAGACGCUCGACUCGAUCAUCGCCUGCGAUGGUCCGGAUCGUGACGUUUACUGCAAGACGUGCUACGGCAAGAAGUGGGGACCGCAUGGUUACGGGUUUGCCUGCGGAUCCGGCUUCCUGCAGACGGAUUGCAUGUCUGAGGAUCAGUUGGCUUCCCAAAAGCCGCUGGUCAGCAACGAUACGACCCUCAUCAAGGCGCCGCAAGGUCAGGGUUGCCCCCGCUGCGGUGGUAUGGUGUUCGCAGCCGAGCAGCAGCUGGCCAAGGGGACGAUGUGGCACAAGAAGUGCUUCAACUGUAACGAGUGCCACCGUCCGCUCGACUCCAUGAUUGCGUGCGACGGCCCGGAUCGGGAGAUUCACUGCCGCGCCUGUUACGGCAAGCUGUUCGGACCGAAAGGAUUCGGCUUUGGCCACACGCCCACCCUGGUCUCGACCGACGUGCAGUCGGCCCCCGUACACACCGACGCGAAACCGGCCGACGGUCCGAAGGCCAAGGACGGCAAGGGAUGCCCGCGCUGCGGUUACGCCGUGUACGAGGCCGAGAAGAUGCUGAGCAAAAACCGCGUGUGGCACAAGCGGUGCUUCAGUUGCUUCGAUUGCCACAAGUCGCUCGACUCGACCAACCUGAACGACGGACCGACCGGAGAAAUCUAUUGCCGGGGUUGCUACGGUCGCAACUACGGACCACGGGGUGUCGGCUUUGGCAUGGGCGCAGGCGCGCUAACGAUGGCCUAACGGUGCCACCCGGCCCAGCACCCGGCCUGAGCGGAACUCUCGGAGGACAGUGAUGGACUACUUUAUUUUACUUUCUUCUGAUUUUCUGACACGAUAAUCUUUGGAACGGCUCUGCACCCGAACCGGCACACGUGGCGGCCGGACAGACCAGACCGAGACACCGGCUCAGAGGUCACCGGUGUACCCGUGCCGAGUAGCAUUCCGAAGACAGAGGUCACCUCCGAGACAGGGCUGCGCCGCUGUCGGUUCGGUGUCUAGCAAGUUGACUGGUUUCGGUUCGAUUCGUCGCCUCGACAUUUUUCUUGGUCAUCUCUCCCCCUCUCUCUCUAACCCUGACUUCGCUCCGACGCUCUAGUCUAGACGCUCCCUGACUAUUGAUUCUGCCUGCGUAACAUAGAGUAAGGUUUUUCUUUCUGUUUACAACUAGAUGUAAGCUUUGCUGCUCGUACAAAUAUUAGAACGAAAAGGAGAAAAGGAAAGGGCUUAGAGAGUUAUAGAAACCUCUGAGGCACCCGGUAGGCGACUAGGCGAUCGAUGCGCCGGUCGAUCGAACAUACUUUUCUUUCCAUGGGCUGAAGUGAAGCUUACGAUAGAGAUUAUGAUUAUUUUUCGCGGAACUUUGGAACAUCGAACGACCAGGCCUGACCUGCCACCAGAAGCCUGCGAUCAUCUGGGAGAGAACACACCACAAACCACACGUACACAAACACACGCACGCACGCGCGAAUACCCGCAUUCAAGAUUUGCGGCCAUUGGCGGCCCCGACGUGAUCAUCCUCAGCCAACCAGCGGCAUCACCAGCAAUCAGUAUCGAAAGGCACACCAGUUUCACACACAGACACACACACAUACACGCACAAUAUACGACAGUGCUAGACGAUGGCUGUGUUGAAUACUGUUUGCUCCAUUUGUGUUGCUAAGUUGAAGUUAGUUAUUUGCUGUACAGUGGCAUCCCGAGCACGCAGUUUUAUAUUUAUUGCGCAACUCAAGCUCCCCCAAAAAAGAGAACUCCCCCACAAGAGGGGCUCGAGCUUGUGCUUCUGCUAGCCUUGUUGGAACGGAAGCAAACAGAAACUCCCCAGCAUCGUCCACAUGUCUGACGCAUAACCCACAGAAGAAGAACGAACGAUGGCGACAAGCGACGAGUCGCUGCGACUACGCCGUAGACUUUAUAUUAUAUAUUCUGAUAACGCCUCUGCGACGAGAUGCGCUUCUUUCUGCGUUCCGCAUUAGAAGCGUGGCUUAAGUACUAAAUUCGAAUGAAGAGGCGCGCGGCCCCGGUUUAUUUCAUCAUAUCGUAAUUCUAAUCAUAUCACAUUUUAUUAUCUUCGUAAUCGCUAACUGUAAAAUGACUUUUUGUGAAACAAAAGUAAAAACAUUAAACAUACAACAAUCCACAGCGAAUAAACCAAAAAACUCGAAAACGCGCCACUUAUAACGUAACGUGAAACUUUAUCUAAAGUGUAUUUUAUCAAUAAAGGAACGGAAACA